AUGGAAACAAAUACUUUUGAAGGUGUUUUAGAUAGAUACAAUGGUAUCACUGUAGAUUCUCAAAAGGAAUCUUGUGAAUCUAGUCAAUUUCUUAGUCGAUUAUUUGAUUCAUUGCAGAAAUGGGAUAAGGAAUCACGACGAUGCAUAUGGUUUAAAGUUGAUAUAAAAGAUGCUGCUUGGGUUCCUUUACUCGCUAGUGAAGGUUUUAGUUUUCACCAUUCCAGGGAUAACUUUGUUAUGAUGUAUAAAUGGUUACCUAAGAACAGUUCCUCCAAUUUACCUCCUGCUUGUCACACUAAUAUUGGAGUAGGAGGACUAGUAUUCAAUGAUGAUCAUCAAAUACUAGUGGUGACUGAACAACAUUAUGAAUAUCCACAUUGGAAGCUGCCCGGUGGAUAUGUUGAAAGAGGAGAAGAUAUAAAAGAGGCAGCAAUUCGAGAGGUAAAGGAAGAAACUGGCAUUGAUGCUGUUUUCGAAUCCAUGAUAACUCUAAGGCAUACACAUAAAAUGAUGUUUGGCAACUCUGAUAUUUACAUAGUAGUUGCACUUAAAGCUACUUCUAACACAAUUAUUAAAUCAGAUGAAGAAAUCAAAGCUUGUAAAUGGAUGAACGUGGAUGAGUUCUUAAAUCAUCCGCACGUACAUGAAUUCAAUAGAUUUAUUGUAAAACAAGCAUUGGAUCUAAAGAAAAGACAAAUUAAAAUUGGUCUUCAUAAGGAUACAAUUAAAAUUUCUAAUUGGUCAAGGGAAAUAACAUCACUUAUAAUAGAAGAUUUGUGA